AUGAUUUAUUCUUAUAUAUAUAUUGCAGAAAUUCUAAAAUUCAAAAUCAUAGAAUUUGAAAAGUACGAAGAGGUUAAUGAUGCAAAGUUAUACGAUAUUAAAGAAGAACUUUUUAAAUUAUAUAAAUCUCCAAACGAACAUAAUACACCUCUGCAGAAUAAUGAUUUUAAUUGUGGACAAGAGAGCAAUAGAUAUUCAAAAUGGAUGUUGGCCAUAUCUAAUCAAGUUAAAUAUAUGAACCAAGACGUGAUCUUUGUAGCAAUAUCUUGUGUGACAGAAACUGACAUGUUGGUCAAGAAUGAUGAAUCAAUAAAUUUAGAUAAUAUUUCAGAAAUUGAAGAAAUUAAAAUUGACGAUUUGGGAGAAAGUGGAGAAAGUAAUCAUUUAAGUGGAAAAACUGUUAUUUAUAAAAUGGUGUUAAAUUUAAAAAUGGAAAAGAAUUAUACCAAAGAAUGGAAAGUGGAAAAUAUGGGAGGGGUCGUUUUAUUUGUUCAUGAUAAAACCACCAGGGAUUUAUUAGCAACAAAAACCUAUUGCUUUAUUUUUAAUGCUUGUGGAAUUCAUAGGCUCAAAUAUUGUGACGAUUAUAUUGAAGAUUUGGAACAUUUCAAUUAUCCGAAAAGACUUUAUAACGAGUUAAAUAAUUUAUUCAGGUCAAAAACUUGCUUCUCACGAAUCAAAAAUUCCGUAUUUGAUCAUUAUUUUUAUAUUAAACAAUAUAAAGAAGGGGUUCAAGUAAUGCAAUUAUAUGAUUUAACGACCAUGCAAAUACGACAAAUUUUUAAUAUGCAUGAAGAAAAUAAAUAUUCAGACAACUAUAGCAAACCCAUAUUGGCAAUUUCGAAAAAUGAGCAAAUCAUUGCUUUUUCUUCUGGAAAUGGAAAAUUAUCCCUUUAUUUGAUAGAAAAUGGUCUUGAAAUCAUUAGCAAAAAUUUUGAAAAGAAUACUAAAAUCAUCGCAUGUGAAUUCAAGGAUGAUGACAAAUUAAUGAUAAUUAUUAAAAAAUCCAAAAGUAAACAUGGAGAAAUGUUACUUUGGUAUUUAUAUAAUUCAAAGAAUAGAUUUCGACCUGUCUGUAAAAACCUUGAGUUGGAUGAGGAUGAUGAAAAUCCUUCAUAUAAUGCAAAAAUUCCCGGCAAGUUCGUAUCGGUGAAUUCUAAUGGUUCUAUAUUAUCAAUAUAUGAUAGUAUACUUAAGAUCAAAUAUAUUCAAGAUAAAAGUUUGGCACCUCCUUAUAGUAUUGUCAUUUCUACCGAUAAAAACCAAGAAAGAACACCAAAUAAGAUGAUUGAAAUGAAAUAUGAUUAUGUUCAUAGCAUUUUUCAUCAUGAUCCUUCAAAAAUGGAACCACAACCAUUCUUUCACAAUAGUGAACCAUGGAUAAACAAAAUUUCUGAAAAAAAGAUGUGGAUAUAUCUUGAUAAAGAAGAAUCAAUGCAAUUGUAUAUUGGAACAAAUACUAUCCAAGUGUGGCGUAAAAUUAUGAAGAAAAAGCAAAAAUUUGUUCUCGAAUAUUUUUGGGCAGAUAAUGAUUACAAAAAUAAUAAUACUUUGGAAGUGUUGGAAUUAAUCGUUUAUUAUCAUGGAUUUCACCUUACAGUCAAAUGGAAAGAAAUCGCAAGUGAUCAAUAUACUCAUAUUCAAUGGCCAUAUGAAAAUUAUGAAAUUCCAAUACAACAUGCUUGUAAUGCUCUUGAAUAUUUGAAUUAUCAAAGAAAUCACUUAAAUGGAUAUGAUAAUCAACACGCAUUUGAAAAAAUUAAAGGUAAUAUUUCUGCAAUGAUCUGGAAAUUUAUCAAAAAUUAUCCAGAUAUUUGGAGAAUGAUGGAUAUUCGUUAUAACCUUAUGAAGAAGAUUAUAAUUAGUGGAUCUAAUCCUCUUAUUAAAAAUAUUUUAUUUGGUGAGCAUAAAUAUUUGCAUAUACCAAGAAGAACUCGAUGGGCUGAUUCUGAUCAUUCCUUGAGUGAUUUACAAACAGCCAUUAAAUUAUAUGUAGAACGUAACCGUAGAAUUUUAAUAGUUACGUAUUUACUUGAAUAUUACGCAACAAAUGCAUCCGAACACCCCGGAUGGUUAAUCACUAUUUCAGACUCAUUACCAUAUUUAUAUGAAUUUAAAUUAGAACUUUAUGUGAGCGAAUUAUUUUAUAAAAGAUGCAUGGAGGGGAUAGAAAUAUCCAAUAUCAUUGAAUAUACUGAUAUUGUACCUAAAAACUUUCAAGUGGCUUUAAAAAUAAAACAGGAUUUUUUGGCAUUUAAUCCUAUUUCGAAACUCAUUUCUAGAAGUAAACAGAAAAUUAGUUUUAAAUGUUUAGGAGAUAAAAUUGAGUUGGGACUGAAAAAACUUUAUGUAAAGAUUUUUGCAAAUGAACAUGAAAAUUACAUUCCAACUGUAAACAUGGUCCCCUUAUACAAUUUUACUGUUAAUAAUACACCUCAUAAAAGGGAAAUUGACGACAAAUCAUUUAUUAUAAAACUUUUGAGAUUAUUAUUUAUCCCUCGAAGUUUUGCCGUAAAAAAUUCAGACAGUCGUUUACUUAGUCCAUUUGUUCAGGUUAUUAGAUUAGAAAAAAAUGAUGAUAUAUUUAAUAAUCCGGUAAUGGAAGCUGUAAUUAAUUACAAAUGGCGUCCGGCAAGAAAGUAUUUCCUUCAACUUUUUUUUAUAUAUAUCGUAUUCGCAACUUGUUUUGCGGGAAUUUGUGGAACAUAUCUAGCACAUUUUGAAUCAGCAACAAGAUUUUCUCGUGAUAUCUUAAUAUUUGUUUUUAUCCUAUUUUAUUAUUCGGGAAGUUAUUUAUUGAUUGUCGAAUUUAAACAGUUUGUCCAUUAUGGUUGGAGACAUUAUUUUAAUUUAUUUAAUUGUGUAGAUUUGUUUUCGGUCAUUAUAGCAAUGGUUGUAAUGUCAAUUCAUGCCACUCCUUCAUUUAGCAUUAAAGAUGCAUUUGCUAAUGCUGUAACAACCCAAGAAAUAGCCGUUGCCAUCACUUUUACAAUGUUGUUGCUUUGGUUUGAAUUUAUUUUAUACCUUCGAUUAUUAGCAGUAAUAGCUGGAAUAGCGCAUAGUUUUUUACUUUUAUUACAACAUCCCGAAUUUACAAAUCUUGAUCAAACCGAAAAUAAUCCAGCUAGAAAUUAUGUAACUUCAUUUAUUUCAACGUAUAAUUGGUUAAAUGGUGAGUUUUUACAACAAGAUACGUGGAAUUUUUGGGCGGUAAAGGUCAUUACGUUAUUUGGUAGCAUGCUUCUGAUAACUAUCCUUCAAAAUAUGUUUAUUGCCUUCAUAUGGGGUGUAUAUGCUGAAGCAUAUACAAAAGGUGGUGCCGCAUUAUUAAGAUUUCGUGCCGAAUCAAUUUCUGACUAUGAAGCAUUAGAACAAAUAUAUUUAUAUCCUCCGAUCCCAGAACCAAAGUAUAUUUAUUAUUUAGGUAAAUCCAAAAGUUAUAACGCAUGGGAUUCAGAGGUUAAGAGUCGAGAAUCCGAGGAAAACAAAUUAUAUAAUGAUUACGAAGAGAAGAUGAUAGAAACUCGAUUACCGUAUGUGGAGAAUGAUGAUGAUCUUUGGCGGGAUUGUAGAACCACAAAUGAGGAUGGUUAUGAGAUGGAAUCUGAUGAUAAUAAUUCCGAGGAUGAGGAAGAUGUCGCCAAGGUUACGUCGCUUGACAAGAAGGUUGAAGAUCUCAAGGAUAUAGUUAAUGACCUUAAUGGAUAUCAUGAAUUUGGUCGUUACUUUAUUGAUCAAUUGCUUCAAGAAGCUUUUCGAUCAAAUAACGUUAAAGUCACACAACGUUUUUAUACGUAUAUAUACGUUGAUUAUAAAAAGGGGGAUACUUUGAGAAAUACUUUGAUGAUAAGUAAAACUUGGUUUCAACCUUUCAUUAAAAGGUUAAAAAAAGUAGAUGAGGAAAAAAGGAUGGAAUGGAAGUUAAAUCAUAACAGUUAUAAUUCGGAGGAUGUGGUGAAAAAUUAUUUAAUUGAUAAUAUUGAUAAGAUUUUACCCGGUUUUCAUUAUCUCGUUGACUUUGAAUGGUGUGUUAAGAAAGGUUAUCAUCAUUGUGAACAUUAUGAAGUUGGUGAUCUGGUUUUUGGGUCUGAGCAUGGCGUUUACAUUAUAAUUGAAACAAAGCGUCUUAACACGAAUUCCACAAGAAAUAUCUCUAGAAGUAAAGUUAAGAAGCAGGUCAAAAAAUAUAAAGAAUUUGAAAAAGAUAAAUUUGUGAUAAAAGUAAUUGAAGCUUCAUACACAAAUGAUACUCUCGAAUUUGUAGAUGAUCAAGGUCAAGAAAUCGCAAAGUUUAUUGAACAUCAUUAUCUUAACAACAGAAAAUGGGGAAUAUUGGAUGUGGUGAUUCUGUCAGCGGCAAAGGCUUUCUUUUUCGAACCUGAUAAUCCAAAUGGUUCCACAGAUUUUCGAUGGGGUUUAGAUCGGGGCUCUGUGCCACCCAGUCUAAAAUCGGAAUACUAUAUGACAGGGCGUCCCAUCUUGUUGAAAAAUGGAGUUUGGAAUCCAUAUUUCCUUCUACCACAACCAAAGGACCAACCCCAUGCCAACCAAAACAUCCCAAAACAUCACUGA